AUGGCGAUUUAUCGCGAUGUAAUUGUUUUGGAGGGAAAUAAAGUUAAAAGUCCAACUUGGCUUUACUUCGAUGUCAAAGAUGAGGAAAAUAAGCUUGCCACUUGCAGUUUAUGUCAGGAAGUAUAUUCCUUUAGAACCUCCGUAACUAAUCUAGCGAAACAUUUGAAAUACAAGCACAAAUUAAAAAUUUCAAAAAGCUCCGAUGCUGAUGGAAAUGUAAGGAAGUAUGUAGUCGAGCAAGAAAAAGAUGAUCAACCAGAAGAUAACAAGUUUCGUACUGGUACUCAAGCAUGGGAAUAUUUCAAUAUAAAGAGUGCAGAAGAUAAGUUGGCGAGCUGCACAGAGUGUGAAGAGAUCCUUUCAUACAAAGAAAAUGAGGAUCAACUUGUAGAUCACUUAUUUCUCGCCCAUUCAAUCACCCUUCAGAAAGACGCUGCGACUGAGAAAAAGGAUGAAGAGUCUACUGUAGAAUAUGAGGUGGUUGAAGAAACCCAUAUGGCAGUCAGUGUUUGGGAGUACUUUGACAAAAAAGAUGAAUCGUCAGAAACGGCGAUAUGCAAUUUAUGUGAGGAUGUGGUCUCCUACAAAGAAUCCCUUGACAAAAUGCUGGAGCAUUUGCUGUUGAAGCAUGAUAUUAGCAAGACUUAUGAUGAAAUUCAGGAGACUGAAAGUGAAGCUGACAAUAUAGGCAUGACAAUAGGGGGUCGGAAUAGCAGGAGCGCAGCAUGGGAUUACUUCAAAGUGAGCGACCGAAUUAACAAGCUUGCUAUAUGCAAAAUGUGCAAUGAGACAUACUCCUUCAAGACCUCGGUGACUAACCUGAUGAAACACGCUCGCAGGCAUCUAGGCAAGGACUUCAGGAAGAAGUCCCUCAAUCAAUCCAAUCAGUCCAGCAGUCCAACAAAGCCCAGAUUAGGUCAGCCGUCCAAGGCGUGGCACUUCUUCAAAUCCUUGAGCAGAACGAGGAAGAUCGCCAUGUGCUUGGUUUGUAAGAAACGGCUCUCGUAUGCCACAUCCGUGUCGAACCUGAAGCGCCACUUGCACAGGAAGCAUCCGGGGACUUGGAAUGAAUUGGUCAACAUGGAAAAUGGAAUGGAAUCGGAAACAGAAGGGGAGAAUAAGAGGCAGAUAGUGGUGUCGACGGACGACCACGAGUACGAACUGGACGCCAAGAGUGAGGAGGAGAACUGCCUCUCGGUCGAUGAAGAUGAAGGCGAUCAGGAAGAAAACGUAGAGGAAAUGGAGACUGUAUACCUUGAGGAGUUUGAGGAUCAAAUAAGAAAGAGACAAGAGCAGAGACUCACUAGCAAUAACAGGAUCACUACUGUGGCACCUAAGAGAAGUGAUUUAAACGGAGCUAUUAUGGAUAAAAGUAGCCGAGAAAAUAUCCCCGUUGGGAGUAAAAGAGACACCUUGGAUCAUUUCGGCUCUUAUAUUGUGUCACUGAUGAAACAGCUCCCCAAAAACGUGUCGAAUCGUCUCCAGAUGGAUUUCGUCAGACAAAUAAUGGAAGCGCAAUUAGAUCAAGUUACAGCCAGUGAAAAUCACAGCUGUGACACGCUGGUGGCUAAUAACAGCGAUACUAAGAAUGAUUAA